CGCUAGUCGCGUUACCUAAGCCGCCCCGCCAUCAGAUCGAAAGUAGUUGCGGCUGCUGGCUAGCUUGCUGGCACUCUUCACUAGCGGAAUCAUUUGUAGUUAAGGUAUCGUUCGCGAAUGUCAUGCCAGCGAUUCGUUGGUCGGAAGUGGCACGAGCUCGGAUAAAAGCGACAGUCAACCGUGGGUGAUCUCGAUCCUUCCGAUUGGCUCAGCUAUCACCAAUCAACCACGAACGUGCCGAACGAUCCUUUCUUCGACAAGUGGAAAGUGUACCUUCCGGCAAUUCCGGGCGAUGGGCUGCUGUCGGUGGUAUCUGGUGGUGGGAUUGGGUUUGGGAAAAGUAGGAACAGGAUUGAUAUUUCUGUUCGCUUGGAGGGACAUUUUCGACAUACUGGUGACAGAGGAAAAAUCACUUCUACCUGGGUCCAUGUUGUACAAAGAAUGGCGUCGUCCUACGGAGCGUCCAAGCUGGCAGUUCUACGUGUACAACUGGAGCAAUGCGCAGGCGGUUCUAGAGCAUCAAGCUUCAUCGGCUAGCUUUGAGGAGAUCGGACCUUAUCAGUAUGAAGAGGUCGCCGAGGUGGUAGACGUCAAGUACCAUCAAGCAAACGGUACGCUGUCAUAUCGCAAACGAACCUUCUUCCGGCCCAGUGGCCCCCACAGCACAACUACCAACGGUACCGAAGCGGAACGCAUCGUCAGCGUUAAUUUCGUCGCCCUGGUAGCGUCCCAGCUUGGCCACAGCAUGGACUACUCUGUGCAACGCGAGCUAUCCUUCAUGCUGCACAACUUCCGCCAGACCGUUACCGUGACUAGACCGAUCGGACAGCUGCUGUUUACCGGAUAUCGGGAACCCAUGAUGGAACCGUUGCGCAAGUUAGUCUGCCCCACCAAACGUCGCAGUGUGGCAUGUCAGGAUGAACGGCUUGCCUACUUUCGCACGUUCAACGUUACCCGACGUGCUAGCGAAGUUUACAGUCUGGACGUCGGGCUGAAGGAUCGCUCGACGUACGGAACGGUACGAUCGUGGGGCGCUGCUGCAGCAGUACCGGCGGCUCGCGGAGAGUUUCAUCCGUGCGACGGAUUUGCCGACCUUACUGGAGAGUUUUUUCCCUCUCGCAUCGAACGCGACCAAGCUAUUGCAAUUGUUCUGCCCGAGCUCUGUCGCAGGUUAACGCUGGAGUUUGAUCGCGAACAGCUCGUGGCUGGCAUUAUGGGUUUCCGGUACGCGGUGCGGUUAGUACGUCCGUUCCGCUCCGCCCAGAUGUCGGAGAGCAUCAUGCGGAGCUGUCCGGACACGUCCAUCCGGCUGGGAAGAUAUGGUAUACUGAACACGAACGAGUGUAACGGAUUCCCACUGUACGAAUCGGACCAAGCGCACGUUUCCAGCAAUGAAAGUCCUUCGUUCGCUUCAGACAGUGACCUGUUGUACUAUGUGCUGGAACCUACCACGGGAACGGUACUCGAGUCAAACUUUGGUCUAACGUACCACACGUUCCUGCGCCCAAACGAGCAUAUUGCGCUGUUUCAGAGCGUUCCCGAGCUGCGCAUACCACUGUUUCGCUUUGCUCGCUACUAUCGAUUGAGCGAGCUGAAGGCAGCAAAGCUUCGGCAGUUGCUGCAUCUACUCGACGUAGGGCAUCAGAUAGCGCUGGCUGGUUGCGUCGCGGGCCUUACGAUCAUUCUGAUAGCGGUAGUGUAUGCCUGCUGGAAGGCGCAACGGCCGAGCAAAACUAAUAACGAUCAAUACCGCAUCAUCGGUAUGCAGUUGAGCGAUGGUGGGCGUGAACAUAAUUUAUUAAAGUAAUACACUUAAAGCAAUAUACUAUGCAAA